AAGUGCAAGGUAUACGUGUGUCAAUGUACAUACAAGUACGCAGUUCGUCGUUCCACGAUACAUUCGAUUGAGAAAGGUGACCACUAAAACAAAAUGCCUGGAAUCGCAAGUGCCACUGGCCUCAUCUCUGCACGUGUUCGACCUAUUUAUAGAAAUAAACCGCAGAUUCGAUACGUUAAUAUGAACAGUGAAAUAUUUCUAAUUUUGCAACGCCUUGAAGACCGCAAAAUUGUGUUUUGGACAUAUGAGGUAGUAGACUAUUCACGAGAGAAAAUCUUAAAGAGACGGUGGCUCCAUCGUUCUCUUUUAACAUGAUGCUACCCUGCUACUAUAUUCUCCCAUGUGGAACUUUCAGGACAUACGAACCCAGCACCCUUUGCCCUUCGACCUUACGCUGGCCUUUUUAAUCCCUAUUCUUAUGGAUGCUCCGUAUUGUGUAAUCAUCCUGUAGACAAUGAAGCCAAAGAGGUGGUGCGUCGUGCGAAGGACACAUGGGCGAGCGAAGGUAAAGCUUUAUUAUUACCAGAAGAGAUGGAAAUGAUUCGUGCUAGAUUAUUAGCUGCCGGCAGAGGAGAUGUUGUCAUCGGAGAUUCAGGAAAUGUAGAUACUAAGGAAACUAACGUCGACGCUAUAACUGUUCCGGAAGAACUAUUCCGGAAAUACACGGAGACCGAUUCUCGACCUCUUACACCGGCACCUACUCUCGUUAGCGUGCAAGCAGCAACGAUAUCGAAUCGUCCUCUUCAAAACGAUCCUCCAGCAAUUAUAUACAAUCCACGAGAACGCACUACAUUAGUUUUGGAUUUGCGAGCCAAAUCACAACCCCAAUUGGACAACGAAACUUUCACUUGGCAUGCACUGACUCUAGAAGUUCUACCUGUUCCUAGAAAGAGUCAGAUCAUCAGCAGUAAACCGUUAUCUAGACGUCGAUCCUUUGCUUCGGUAACACGUCCGGCACCAUUUGCUCUUCCUUCUUCCUUGAAUGUUGAAACCUGUGAAACAAUUGUAGACAACAGUAGUGAUGAACCUACAGUUGUACGAAGGCGAGGAAAAAAAUUACGUAAAAAGAAAUGUAGAAGAAAUUCGAUUUAUGGCCAACAAACGGAAGUUCGGGAUCCAUUUGAACCACCAGAAACACAAAUCUCGCAAGCUGGAAAUGAAUCCAGACGAGCUUCAGUUCAUCCGCUUACUGGUGAUUCUUGUACGGUAACAUCUUCUGAAAAAGCAUUGGUUUCUUUGGCAGAACAAACCAUGCAUUCCAGUUUUAUACCGAUAGAAAUUCUGAAACAUUUGUGCAGAGAAUUAAAUCGCGAUAAAGUCGAGGCAGAAUUUUCGAUGAAGAGAAAAAUUGCAUUCGAAGAGGCUCUAAGAGUGAAAGGUGAGACUCAUUUCGCUUUGCGUGGAACACGUCAAACUUCAGUACCAUCGAUGCAGGACGUUCCACGUAUAUUCUCACGACAAACUGCUCGUUUCGAGAUUCUGGAUAGCCAAAGUUUGCGCGGAAUCACGGUACUGGUUUAUCUGAGCAGACACGUCUUCGUGAAUUCCGGAAGAAAAUUAAUAUACGGUCGAGCUUUCAUCAGGUUCCAUGAGGAAACCUUACAAGACGGUCGAUACAUUUCCCCAAACGAUGUUCAAGAAGCUCUUCAAGAUGCAAUUGGGAGGACACUGACCGAUGAACAACAAACACGUUUCAACAGCUUCUUAGGGAAUAUUUCCGAACCGUUAAACUUUCGAACCUGGUGUGGCGUAUGUGCAGCAGCAGAGAGAUUGUUGUGUCCUCUUCCAUCGAGACAAGUCGAUCCUCCUACGUGGUUAGAAAGGCUGGACUUCGAAAUGCUGGAAAGACGACUUGAUACGAUCAGCGUAGAUUCUCAGUUGGCUCUUCUAUUGAGAGAAAUUCGUGACAGAUAAUACCAUUCGACGUCGUAAAUGGAAAAAUUAAAAUGAAAAUAAAGCUCGUUCGUUACGUU